UAUUAGUUCCGUGUUGGUUAAAGUGUUGAGCUUUUAUAGGAUGUCCUGAAAUAACGGAGUUAAUUUAUAUGAGGGGAGAAUAAUUCUAUGUGAUUCCUAGAAAAAUGAAGAGAUGAGCCAUCCCUUUUUUAUUGCAACUGAAAUUAUUUAUUGAUUGAUUGGUGUUACUUAUGUGGCCAAAACUGUAACUUGAUUUUGGUUUUAGUUUCAAUUUCUCAGCUCAAUUGUUUUUUGAUAUCUUACCUUUAAUGGGCUGUUCAUCUUUUUGUUAUGUUGCAUUACCUUAAUUAAUAGUUGAAAUUAGAACAGCUUUUAUGGAGGAGUGAUUGUGGAGGGUAGUUUUGUUUUUUGACCAGUAAGUUUUAUUGGACUAGAGAUGUGAGAAUUUUGGAUUACCAUAGAACCAUGAGAGAUUUGAUGAUGGCCGUGGUAUCUGUAGAUUUACGUCUUGUUAUGUAGCAGUUUUGAUUUCAAUUAGAGAGUAUUUUCUAAUUGAUAAGGGAGCUAUAUACUUGUAAGGUGCUGUAAAUUGCAUGAAGAACAUAAUGGUUGCCUGAUGAUUGGAAGAUAAAGGUUUGCAUGUCAUUAUCAUGGACCAGUACUCUGGUAAGAAGACUGGUGACACUGCGGUUGUCUCUAGGAAGGGUUCUAGCCUUGUUUUGAGAGAUACUGCUAAUAAUAGAGACAGAAAUUCUCAAUUCUGCAAUCGAAUAGGGUGUAGUGGCAGGCUGAAUUCGGCCAAAAGUACCCAUAUUAGCUGCUCAGAUAAAGCCAAAUCUUCAAGGCCAUCAUUUAGAUCAUCCUCAAAUGCGAAAGAAAUAGUUGGAUGUUCCUCUAGGACACCCUCUGCAACCAACAAUCCCAGGAAAUCCAUGCCAGGACCUCGGAAAAAAUUAUCUUCUCAGCCAGAAAGAGAAUCGUCCGAAGCUGGUGGCUGUACAGAUGAUGCUGAGGUGCCAGAAUCUGUACCACCUCCUGGAAAAAUUCAAAAAGGUCUUCAUUCUGAAUCUGAUGAUUCUGGGUCAAGUGAGAACAUGUCAAUGGAAGUUGGAAGCUCUAGUGUAUCAAGUACCAGGUUUCAGAGGAGGUCUCAUCAAAACGCAGGAUUAGGUAAAUCAGAUACUGGAAUAGGAUCACCCGUCUCAGUGCUGUCUAAGAGCGCAAGCCAAGGCGCUCGUGCUGGUCCGAGUAGGUAUGGUAUAAGAAAACUUAGAUGCAGUUCUAUAUCAGAUGUUGUCCCUACAAGAUCUUCAACUCCUGAUUCAAAUCUCAAUAGACAAAAAGACACAAUUAGAAAGAGAAAUUGUGAGGGAGAAAGUAGUUCCUCUGCCAGAGGGAAAAAAAUUAGUGGGCCAUCAUUCGAAGGGAGGAGCUCUAGUUCUAGCUCUGGUGUCACAAUCACUGAAUCUAGGAGUAGAAAUGUGACUGCCAGCAGAGAUAAUGGCGCUGCGUCAGUUAGGACUCGAAAAACAGUAGGAUACACUAGGUCAAGGGCUGCUAAUCAAGGGAGUGGGAACAAUUUAUCACCAAAUGAACCUCAGAGAAUCCCACAAAUGUGUGAAACUAUUACACCAAUUGAUUCAGAUUCUCCUAGUUCAUCACAUCAAUUUUCUAUGGGAUCUCCCUUAAGUCGGUCAAGGGCUUAUGGACUUCCUGGUACUAAUACCAGUGAGAGUUUGCGGAGAAUUAGGCCAUCCAGUCCUGCAGAAGUUGGCAAUAUGCGAUCUUCCAAUCGGGAGAGCUUCAGGCGCUACAAUAUGGACGGAAUUGCUGAGCAGGUUCUUUUAGCACUUGAGAGGAUUGAACAAGAUGAAGAGCUGUCCUAUGAGCAAUUGCUUGUUCUGGAGACUAGUUUGUUUCUUAAUGGACUGAACUUUUAUGAUCAGCAUAGAGACAUGAGAUUGGAUAUUGAUAAUAUGUCAUAUGAGGAAUUAUUAGCUUUGGAAGAAAGGAUGGGCAAUGUGAGUACAGCUCUUGCAGAGGAUAAAUUGUCAGAAUGCCUCAAGACUUGCACAUACCAGUCGGCAUAUCUGGAAAAUGGAUCUUCUAAACUUUCCGGGGAAACCAAUGAUGUCAAAUGUAGCAUCUGCCAGGAAGAGUAUGCUAUUGGAGAAGAAAUGGGAAUGUUGCAUUGCGAGCAUAAGUAUCACUCGGCCUGCAUACAGCAAUGGUUGAGACUGAAGAAUUGGUGCCCUAUUUGCAAGACAUCUGUUGCAUGCUCAUCAUCAUCAUCACCACCACCUUCAUCACACAACCAAUAAAUAGGAUGUUGGAGACCGGCUCGUCAAUUUGUACAAAUUACGCCCGUCUCUUUUCGUCUGUUUUUUUCUUAUUUUCUAAAGAAAGAAAGAUGGUUUUCUUUUAUAUGUACAUAACAAUCUGUUUCAUGUCAAUAGACUAAUAAACUCAGGCGCCAUUGCCUUCACAGCAAGAAUUGUCUAUAGAACAGAAACUGUGGAUGAAAUUACUCAUAAGUUGCUUCCAGCCAUUCUGUCUA